CCUGCCAAUAAAAGCAAAGCUCAUCCUUGCUGCAGAGAACUCUGUUUCCAUACCCUGCAGAACAACCACCUUCUCCUUUUGUGAACUUCCAAGCCAUGAAGUCUUUUUUCCUGUUUCUUGCCAUCCUUCUGGCCAUGGAACCAGUGGUAUCAGGUAGACAUUCCCCACUUCGAUGCAUGGGAAACCUGGGAAUCUGCAGAGCCUCUUGCAAAAAGAAUGAACAGGCCUACCUCAGUUGCAGAAAUUAUCAACCAUGCUGCCUCCAGUCCUAUGUAAGGAUAGACAUUUUUGGCAAAGAGGGAAAAAAUGACUGGAGCCGGGAGAACCGCUGGCCAAAAAUAUCCUGAGUGCUAGUGAUCAGCAUCCUCAACCCGCUGUCAAUACUCCUCAUUAAAAUUCAUGCACCUG